AUGGCCGAUCUGCAAAUGAUGGUCUCUGAGAAUAAACGCUACGGAGAGAUCCAUACUUUCACUGGAUUCGAUUCAAAACACCUUAAAAGAAUCGACUUCAUUUUCGUGAACAGGGACGAACCAAAGUUGGCCAACAGUAAUUCUAAGAGAGGCAGUCCGGAGAGGUGGUGGCUUGUGGAGGGGUACGCUGUGCUCCCAAAUCGAUUCGAGUGUGGAAUCUACAAUUCUGAUCAUCAAGUUGUCUCAGAAACUCCGCAACAAUUUUCUCGACGGAGUGGCGUACCCAGCGCCAGCAUGACCAUACGAAUGCACUGUUUUGAAUAUCCCGUCUACAAUUUCGGCCUCCACUCUCGGGGCGCCCUCUCUUGCUGGCCUAAGACCACACUGGACGCUCAAGACCUCGAAUGA